CAUAGUUUCUAAAGUUUUAGUCAUUGUCGGGUCAAGAAGCAAAGGAGGUGAAUCAAGAAAGAAACCCUUGAUUUUAAGAGCUGUAGAGAGAUUUCCAUUUAAUGAGACAUCUGUACGGAUCUUAAGUCUGUGGUAUAUGUUGCAUUUGACAUACUGCACUUUUUCCAUCAAUUUACAUGUGUCAUUCUUGAUAACCGUAAACAGAAUUCAAUCAUGGACAAAGAUUUACAACGUUGUUUGGAUCUGUUAAAAGAAAAUACUGAAAAUGUUCGACAUGAUGCAGAAGGUGCAUUAUUAACUGUCUGUCAAAAUAUUUUAUGUCAUCCCAAUGACAAGCAGUUUAGGGAGGUGUGCCUGGAUGAUCCCAUAGUAGAGAAACUGCUUCCUGCUAUUGGAGCUAUGGAAUGCUUAUUUGACUUGGGGUUUGUUGAGACUGCUGACUCUCUCAUCUUACCACCAGAAGCAUCGCUCUUCAAACUGCAAGCUCUGGAAAGUCAUCUUUCUGAAAGUUGUAUUGCAAGACACAAUAUAGUAGACAAUACAGAAGCCUAUAAUUUGAUACCCAAGACAACUAAUUUGAAAGAAAGAGCCUUCUUAACACAAAUUGUACAUCAAUUUCAAAGUGUUCUACGCUUUGAAAAUACAAUUUUACAAAAAAAAGCAAGGAGGCUAAUACCUAUAACGGAACUUCAGAUAGCGACCAUGACAAGGAUAAGAGAAUUACAAGAGCGAAUUAAAUUAAGCAAUGAGAAUUCUGAAAAAAGUACAGAGGGGCUAUUUAAAGAGAGUGAUAUUGAUGCAAAUGAAUUAUUUUUGAUGGAACUUAUGCAUUGGUUUAAGUAUAAAUUUUUUACAUGGGUUGAUAGUCCCAGAUGUUCUGCCUGCAUGGGAAACUGUGAACAUUAUAAAACUGUACCUUCUGAAGAUCCUAGAUGCUCAAGAAUAGAGAUACAUAAAUGUACUAAUUGUGAGGCACUUGUUAAAUUUCCACGUUACUCUGAUCCAGAACCACUAUUGACCCUGAAACGUGGUCGCUGCGGAGAAUGGGCUAAUGUAUUUACACUUCUUUGUCGUUCUUUAGGAUAUGAUUCAAGAUAUGUACACGAUACAACAGAUCAUGUUUGGACAGAGGUAUGGUCCAUGCAUGAACAAAGAUGGAUUCAUUUAGACCCAUGUGAGGAUGUUAUAGAUCGUCCUUUAAUGUAUGAAAAGGGCUGGAAUAAAAAAUUGACCUAUAUAAUAGCUUAUUCAAAAGACGAGGUACAAGAUGUUACAUGGCGGUAUUCACGGGACCAAACAAAUCUCAUGAAAAGAAGGACUGUAUGCUCUGAGAAUAAUUUAUUACAAUUAAUUGAAUCGUUGAAUAAGCACCGGCAGUGUUCCGCUAAUUACAGCCCUUCGCGCAAACAAUAUGUUAUUAAACGAAGAUUAUUAGAACUUGUAGAAUUAAUACGCAUGCCCAAUGAACAGAAUUCCGAUAAUAACGAAAGCUAUCAAGGAAGGACUACUGGUUCUUACAAAUGGAGACUAGCAAGAGGAGAAGUUUCUCAGUCAAGUUCAGGGGCAAACUAUUCUUGGGAUGUUUCAAAGUAUGGAGAAACAUUUCACUUGCGUUAUUCGAUUGUUAAAGAUGUAUAUAAAGUAAUGGAUGAUGAUGACAGAAUGUUAGAAGAAAUUUUGGGUUGGCAAAAUGGUGUAAUUGAAAUACAGGGUAGUAUGUUUCGUAAAGUAGAGAACGAUUGGAAAAUGGCGUAUUUGGCUCGUUUCUCCGAAGCCACUAGUGGGCGAGUGAAAUGGAGUUUUGUUGUAACUAAUCCAAAUUUAUGUAUAUCAACAUUUCAUUUGCAAGCUGUGAUAAAAACAUUUAAUGAAGCGAGUAUAUCAUGGCAAUUGGAAGUAUUCUUUGAUAGUACAAACUCAACCAAAUCUCUAGUAAUUCCUAUAAAUGAUUGCGCUAAUUAUUACGCAAACCAAUUAGAGGGAUCAGUCAAAUUAAUUCUCACAGCCACAGUUUUCGGCGGUCAGGGCAGUAAUGCAUGGCAGUACGCACAACUUUUCCGACAAAGUUUAGAAUGUAAAGAUCAAUCCCUCGUAAUUAAUAUUCAACUAAAAAAGAGGUAGUUGUAUUAUAUUAUAAAUUAUCAAUUUUUAGUCAUUAUAUUGCUCUUAAAAUAAUAGAUUAAUGGAGAUAAGAAGUCCAAUAUCAUGAAAUUAAGACAUUCCAGAUUUAAUAUUUUAUUUAAUUAAACGAAUAUAGAAAAUGAGGGAUUAUUGAACUAUUGCUCAUUUAUAGACAAAUGUAUCUAUAUUGUAAAUAAAUACAGGUCUUUGUGAGUUUAUAAGCUUGAAAAUUUUUAUUUCAUAUACAAAAUAAGCACACUAGUGAUGGCACUUUAGAAACAUUGUGUCCAAUGAAUGUUAAAUUAUUUGUUAACAAUAAUUUUUUAUGUAUUAACAGUAUAUGAACACGUUUUGUGUAUACUUCAAAAUAUUUAAUUACUUUUCACAGAUGCAUAAAAAAUUACUUUAUAAAACGAAAUAUUGCAAAAACUAAUAUUUCCAGAUAUAAAUAUCUGAUUUCUUUAUACGUUAUGUUUGAUUGAUUUUUAUAUAAACGUGCAAAAUAUUCAUAGAAACCACAAAUAAUAAAGUGUAUAGAGAUUUUUUUGUGUAAAGCAUAGAAUAUUUUGUUUAGACUUUCUCUUCAUAACAUGAAAAGUAAUUAAAUCACAAAACAAAACAAUUUUGCUGAAAUACAUUGCAAUGUCGCACUGAGUAACGUAAGUUUUAAAUAUUUUCUUGAAUGACUUUUAAAUUAGCCAGUCGUCUAUUUAAUAUAAAUUUCAAGUAUCGGAAUAAUAUUUCUGCCUACCGUUAUUUAUUUACACGCAUAUCCCAGCACCAAUCAAGCUUGUAAUGCCGUCAUUGUCUUAUGCAUACACUGCAUAAAGUAUUUAAUACACAUACAUACAAAAAAUAUUUAAUAUCUACAUCAUCACGUAACAUUAAUAACUAUUUAAGUAAUAAAUUCGAAUAACCAUACCAUGUGGUUUCUUAUGCUGAUACUAAAUAAUAUUGCUCGAAAAUGAUGUGUAAAAUAACAGGUAGGCACUGGUGUUUUGAGAUCUUACUUGAUUCAUUGUAACUUCUGUUACUGUUUGAUCAUCAUACUUGUACCACCUAGUAAAACAAAUCUAUUAAUUAAUACAAUAACAAUACAACGAAAUUAUAUCAAUAACUAACAAUAAUGUAUACACACUUAUUCUGAGCGGCAUUUUUACAAAAUGCUGUGUAAUGACCACCUUCCAUGGUUCCAUAGUGAUUAGACAUUGCAUACAAGCUAUAAUUAUAGCUACGAAUAUUCGAAAUAGUAGCUGUGUUGCUGUCUGUAACUAAAUAUGGUUUUAAAUUAAAGCCUGUGAGGGGGAAAUCGACAGCAGUAUUUCUCUUCUCGAACCAGCCUCCACUUUCAGCGAAACGAUUUAAAUGUAUUACUACAAUAGGCGCGAGUUUCACAAAAUCGAAUUUCUUUGUAGCCUCCCUAGGCGUCUGACACUUUGGGCAUUUCCAACCAACUACUUUCUGACCAGUUACGAACUUCAAUAUACAAUCCUAAAAAUAAAAUAACCAAUUUAUUUACAUGCAAGUAGUUAUUUAUGUAUUUACUAAUACAAACAAUUUUCACUUACAUUCAAUGUACAUCGAUUGGAAUGAGGUAAUGAUGUUGUUAAACUAUUAAAACUUUCAUACGUUGUACUACUUUGUUUGCAAAAACUGCAAGUUAUAGUGGAUCUUAAUUGACCAAAGAACAAGUCAGAUAUUAUAGAUUUCAUAGAUCCCAUUGCUUUAUUCCAAGCUUCUUCCGCAACAGUCAUUUC